AUCAGAACGCGAGGGGGGCGUGGUCACGGCCAGCGGCGGGAAUGGCGGGCGAGCUGAGCGCUGAGGCGGAGCGGGAGAUCCGCCAGCUGCAGAAAUCCAAGGAAAAGUGGCAGCGCCUCGGGAAAGCCUCGGAGGCGGCGGCCGCCUGUGAACGGCUGGGAGAGAUCCUGGCUGGACACGGCCGUUUCCGUGCUGCUCUCCAGGAGCACCGGGAUCAGCUGCGGUUCCUGGAGGCCGUUCCCGAUCCCGAUCCCCUGGGCUGUGCCGUGGCUCACCGGAAAAUCGGGGAGCGCCUGGCGGAGCUGCGCCGCUUCCCGCAGGCCCUCUGGCACCAGCGGCAGCACCUGCUGGGGGCGCGGGCGCUGUCGGACGCGCUGGAGGAGCAGCGAGCCUGGGCCACCGUGGGCAGGACAUUCCUGCUCCUGGCCGAGGAGCCGCAGCCUCCGGAGCCCCCGGAAUUCCCGGAAUUCCCGGAAUUCCCGCCGGGAUCCUCGGGAAUCGCCGCCGGCAGCCGGGGGGUCGCGGCCGGGGCGGCGCUGGGACGGGCGCUGGAGGCGUUCCAGGCCAGCCUGGACAUCGUGGAGACGCGGCUGGAAGGGGCGCUGCCGGGCCGGGACCUGGCUCAGAUCCGGAGCCGCCUCUUCCUCAACCUCGGCCUCGUCCAGGAAUCCCUCGGGAACGGCUUCGAGAGCGCCCGGCUGCUCCGGGACAGCGCCCGCCUGGCUGACGAAUCCCAGGUUUUGGAGGAUCAGUUCCGGGCCUAUUUCAACCUGGGGCUGCUGCAGCACCGUGGGAAGGAAUUCCCGGAGUCCCUUCGGAGCCUCGGCCGCGCCCGGGAAUUCGCCCGGAGCCUCCGGGAGCCGCAGCUGCUGCGCGAGGCCGAGGCCGCCACAGGACAGGUGCUGCUGGCCCUGGGGGAUUUUGGGGGCGCCCGGCGGGUGCUGCGCCGAGCCCGGGCACCGGGAGGAGACGGCGACGGCGACGACGCCCAGAGCCGAGAGCUCCGGCACUGCCAGAGACACGUGUCCCGUGUGUGCCGUGCCCUGGCCCAGCUCUCCGCUGAUCCUGACCCUCCUCUUGCUCUGGCUCUGUGCGAGCGCCUCGGGGACAGCCUGGCCCGGCCCUGCCUGUCCCGUGUGUGCCGUGCCCUGGCCCAGCUCUCUGCUGAUCCUGACCCUCCUCUUGCUCUGGCUCUGUGCGAGCGCCUCGGGGACAGCCUGGCCCGGCUCGGGCACUUCCAGCGCGCAGCCGAAUUCUACCAGAGACAGCUGGCUCUGGCCGAGGCUCAGGGGGCUCCUGGGCGGGAUCUGGCCGUGAUCCACGUCUCCCUGGCCACCACAUUCCGGGAUCUGGGCCAGCAUUCCCGGGCUCUGGAGCAUUUCCGGAGGGAGCUGGAGCUGCGCCGCGGGGAGCCCCUGGAGGAAUGCCGGACGUGGCUGAACGUGGCUCUGGCUCUGGAGGAUUUGGGAUCAGCUCCGGAUCAGAUCCUGCCCCCGCUCCGCAGAGCCCUGGGAUGCGCCGAGGCUGCCGGAGAUUCCCGGCUCCAGCGCCAGGUUCUGCGGCGGCUCCGGGCUCAGCAGCUCCGGGACGGGGACCUGGAAGGAGCCGAAAAUUCCCGAAAAAAACUCGGAGAGGAUUCCCGGGAAGAGGAGGAGGAAGAGGAGGAAGAGGAGGAGGAAGAAUCCGAAUCUGAAUCUGAGUCGGAAUCGGAGCUGUCGGAGAGUGAGGAGGAAGAUGAAGAUCUCGAGGGUUACCCCAAAAGUGUCCCCGGGAGGCGCCGGAGCAACAGGCAGUGGAACCGUCGGAACGAGCGGGGCGAGACCCCCCUGCACCGAGCCUGCAUCGAGGGAGACCUCAAGAAAGUUCGGCUUUACCUGGAUCAGGGUCAUCCAGUGAAUCCUCGGGAUUAUUGUGGAUGGACUCCCCUGCACGAGGCCGCCAAUCACGGCCACCUGGAGGUGGCUCGGCUGCUGCUGGAGCGCGGGGCGGCGCGGGACGACGCGGGCGGGCCGGGCUGCGAGGGGCUGACGCCGCUGCACGACGCGCUGGCCUCCGGCCGCUUCCCGGUGGCGCAGCUGCUGAUCCGCUCCGGAGCCUCCCUGAGCGCCAGGAACGCCCGGGGCCAGACGCCUCUGGACACUCUCCAGGAGUGGUUGGAGAAUUUUGGAUCCGAGCUCGACGCCGAGACCUGGGCGAGCGCCCGCGAGACCCUGGAGCUGCUCGGGGGGCAAAGCUCAGCCCUUCCUGAUCCUCCUCAGGAAUCCCAAAUCCCAAAAUCCCAAACCCCAAAUCCCGGGAUCGGGGCCCCUUCGAGUCCUCUCCGGAAGCGCCAGCGAAUUCCAGAGGCCGAAAAGCCGGAAAAAAAACGGGAUUUGGGAAAAUCGGGAAAAACCGGCUCGGAAAAUCCCAAAUUUCCGACAGAAAAUCCCAAAUUUCCACCCGAAAUUCCCAAACCCGCCUUGAUCCCGCUGGAAGAAUUCCUGGAGCAGGAAGAUUGGCUGGAGGACGAUUUGGGACCAUCCCGAAAAAAAGCCCGGAAGAAUCCUUGGGAAUUCCGGGAAUCUCGUCGGGAUCACCAAAUUCCCAAUCCCGGAACAUCCAAAGUUUCGUCUCGGGAAUCCCAAAUUCCGGAGGAUUCCGGGAAGGAUCCCAAAGAUCAGCAGGAAUUUUCUGGGAUCGAUUCGGAUCCGCCCGAAGUUCCGGAAUCUUCCGGGGUUAUCCCGAAUUCCUCGGAAAUUCCGGAAUCUUCUGGGAAUUCUUCCCAAAUUCCCGUCCUGCGCAUCCGGAUCCGAAUCCAGGACGACGUUUUCCUCAUCCCGGUGGCGCCCAGGCGGGAGCACAGCGUGGCGUGGCUGGCGGAGCGCGCGGCCGAGCGAUUCUCGCGCGCUUCCGGAACGUUCCCUCGGCUGAGGCUGCGCAAGGCCGGGGCUCUGCUGGCCCCUCACGACGCCGUCACCGACCUGCUCAGCUCCGGAGACGAGGUGCAGGCAGAGAUCGAAGGUUGGGAUUUGCCGCCGCUUCCAGAGCGCUACCGGAGAGUUUGCGCCAGCCUGGGCCUGGCCCCUUUCCCACCUCUCCUAAAACUCCUGGAGCUUCAAUCCCAAAAUUCCUGGCUGGAAAUUCCAGGUGGGAUCAGGAUCCCUCCGGCUCAAAUUCCGGCGUUUUUGAGGUCGCUGAAGUUGCAGGAGCAGCUCCGGGAGCUGCGGCUCCGGAAUUUGGGAAUUCUGGAUUCGGGAAUUUCCGAGCUCGGGGUCACUUUGGUGACUCUGCCUCGGUUGCUCCGCUUGGAUUUGGCGGGAACCGGGAUCGGAUCCGAUGGAAUUCGGAGCCUCUGCGCCGCUGGAGAGGCUUUGAAGUGUCUGGAGGAGCUGGAGCUGAGCCGGAAUCCGCUGGGCGGCGACGGCGGCGGCGCCGUUCGGGAGCUGCUGCGGCGCUGCCCGGCCCUGCUGGCCCUGCACACCCGGAGCUGCGGCCUCGAGCAGCCCUUCCUCAUCCCCGAGUCGUCCCCGCUGCGGACGCUGUCCCUGUCCUGCAACGCUCUGGGCCCGGCCGGGCUCCGGAGGCUCCUGAGGACGAUCCCGGGCCGGAACAUCCGGAACCUGGAGCUGGACUCGGUCAGCGGGAAAAGCCGGAGCGGCGGAACCCUGGGAACGGAGCUGGGCUGGCUCCUGAGACAGUCCGGUUGUUCUCUCCGUCACCUCUCGCUGGCCGGGAACCACCUGAGGGACAGCGACGUCCAGGAGCUGGCAGGGUCUCUCCCUCAUUGUCCCUCCCUGGAAUCUUUGGAUCUCUCGGCCAAUCCCGAGCUCGGAUCCGGAAGCUUCCGGAAUAUUCUGGAAGCGCUGGAAAAACGGGAACGGGGCUUGGAAUUCCUGAACCUGGCAGGAUGCGGCGUCGGGGACCUGGACGGAGCCGCCCGGAGCCGGAGCCGAGGGAAAAUCCGGGAACUGCGGCUCCCUGGGAGACGCCUCUGGAACGGAGCCUGAGGGACUGGGAUGGACUGGGACGGACUGGGACGGACUGG